AUGGCGACCGAGUUGACAGUCCAGUCUGAGCGCGCCUACCAAAAACAGCCUCACAUCUUCCUCAACCACAAAUUCAAGGCGGCGAAGAGCAGGAGAGUGGGCAAGGGCGGCCGAAGAUGGUACAAGGAUGUCGGGCUGGGCUUCAGAACACCCAAGACUGCGAUUGAGGGAUCCUACAUCGACAAGAAAUGCCCUUUCACCGGUAUGGUCUCCAUCCGAGGCCGUAUCCUGACCGGCACCGUUGUUUCCACCAAGAUGCACCGAACCUUGAUCAUCCGCCGAGAAUACCUUCACUUCGUCCCCAAAUACGCCCGAUAUGAGAAGAGACACAAGAACCUCGCCGCACAUGUUUCCCCGGCUUUCCGUGUGGAGGAAGGUGACCAGGUUACUGUGGGCCAGUGCAGACCAUUGAGCAAGACUGUCCGAUUCAAUGUUCUCCGUGUGUUGCCCAGGACCGGAAAGGCAGUGAAGGCGUUCCAGAAAUUCUGA